AAACAAAACAAAUAAAACAUACUGAAACGGUGUGGUGCAUCUGCUGUUUUCGUAUAUAUUUGUGUGUAGCCGCGAGGAUAUCGAAAUAGCCUAACAGUGCUGGUAUACGGAAAUAUGAAGAGACGGAAUGCCGAGUGCGGGAAAAUCAGACGACCCGGCAAGCGAGCAAAAAUAACUGAAGGCAUUUACGGCAGCACAUUUGUGUACAUCAAGUUCCUCCUUCUGUGGGCACUGCUGCUGCUGGCCGAUUUCAUCCUGGAGCUGCGCUUUGAGUUCCUCUGGCCCUUCUGGCUGCUCCUGCGAAGCGUAUAUGAUUCGUUCAAGUACCAGGGACUGGCCUUCUCGGUGUUCUUUGUGUUCAUCGCCCUUACGUCAGACAUGAUCUGCUUCCUGUUCCUGCCCGUCCACGUCCUUUUCUUUGUGGCCAGCACGUAUGUGUGGGGGCAGUACGUCUGGCACACAGGUAUGGCUGAACGGGGCAUAUGUCUUCCGACCCUGUCGCUGUGGCUGUUUUUCAUGUACAUAGAAGCUACAGUGCGGCUCAAAGACAUAAAAAACACGGCCUUCCACUUAGACCUGUGCAGGCCAUUUGCAGCGCAUUGCAUAGGUUAUCCUAUGGUUACGAUGAGCUUCUGUGUCAAAAGCUACAUUGGCUACAGGAUGCGACUUAGAAAGCAGAAAGAAGUGGCCAAGGAGAACGACUUCUAUCUUCAGCUCUUGCAGCAGGCGUUACCUCCCGAACCUCCCAGUAUAACGUCGAGCAGCUCUGACAAAUCACUGUGCAAAAUGGGCGAGGAAAGCCCCCCGGCCAGCAACGGGUUCCUGGGGAGUCGCAAGGCACGGUACGCGGAGGCUGACGUCAAGAGCCACUCAACUGCGCCAACGGACAAGCACGAAUUUGAGUGCCAGCAGGCAGCCGACGCGGAGGGCAGCGCAGCACCGCCGCCGCGUCGCACAUCCAGUGUGAACGACUUUGAUGCCAGCACCGACGAAGUGCGUGACAAGACUGCUUUCAAAGUGAACGGCGUUUGCAGCAACGGCGGGAGCGGCAUGUUAUCUCCCAGCGUCACGACGCGGUCAUCCAAGUGGAAUCAGCAGCAGCAGCAGGCCAACUGCACCAAGGAGGCGGUGUCGACUGCCUCCGGCGGCAGCACAAGCCGGCGAGCAGCCAAGAACAAUUGCACGACGACAAACAACAAUCUCAGCAAUUCGUCGCUCACGGCGACGCCGCUUGCUGUUACGGGCCACCAUCCUAGGGAUGAGCACUAUCAGAGGCUGGAGGCCGACGUCAAGCGGCUCAAGACUGACCUGCAGGCAAGUCGACAGACGGAGCAGGAACUGCGGUCACAGCUGCACAGCCUAAGUGCAGGCGAGCGGUCCGUCAAGAACGAACUGCUCCAACUACAGCAGGAUAACGAGAGUCUGCAGAACAAGCUGCAUAAUCUGGUGACAGCGCGGCAGCAGGACAAGUCCAACGUUAGCCUGCUGGAAAAGCGGCUGCAGGAGGAGAGGAAGCUCCGUAGCGUCUUGGAGACGCAGCUCAGCCAGGAGCGCAAGGCCAAGAAGGCCGAGGAGGCCGCAGCCGCACGGGCAGCGGUCGCCAUGGCCACAGCGAGGAGCGAGUGCACAGAGAGCUGCAAAGCGCGGCGGCGAGACCUCGAGAACGAUGUGCGGCAGCUCAGGAGGGACCUCAAGGUCCGAGAAGAUCAGCUGCGUGCCAUGGAGCGGGAGGCGCAAUCUUUGCGGCAGUACAAAGACUCCAUUGGGGACACAGAGAUCCUCAUGUCUGCACUGUCAGCCAUGCAAGACAAGAACGCACACUUGGAAAACUCGCUCAGCGCAGAGACGAGGUUAAAGAUGGAUCUCUUCUCGGCACUUGGCGAGGCAAAGCGGCAGCAGGAGAUUUGCCAAGCAAUGCUGAACCACAAGGAGAAGGAGGUUGAAGACCUGAAGACCAAGAUAGCCGAGGUGAUGGCGGUGAUGCCCGCCACCAGCACCUACCCGGCGGCACCCGCACCGGUGCCGCUCGACUCGGAGCUGGUUUCGUCCCUCCUGUACAGCCCCAAGUUCAUCACGUCGCCCGGCCCCGCCACCGAGGAGAAGAAAAUCCCAAAGUCCAAUCUGGACCCAAAUGCCUCCGUCUACACGCCCAAGAUGGUCCCUUCCGACCACUGAGCACUUUUGGCCUCACUCAAACGACACACACACACACCACCGCUUUCUUCUUCUUCCCAACUUGAAUGGUUUGUUGUGCUUUCCCCCCUAAGGUGGCAGGAAGUCGUUUAAAAAAAAACAUUUGUUGACGUACACGAAUGCGACAUUUAUCAUUAUUAAUGGCCCGGGAGCGAAGAGCGCGUGAUGAGGCACUCCCAUCUGGCACCAUUACUGCUGAUAACUAACAAGGCAUUGCGGUAGAAACAGAGAGGGGAGUAAAAAAAAAUGAUUGUGUAAAGGACAGCCGCUGGUGCCUGCUGCCUCUGCUUUCUCGGGUGGUUAAUAAUCAUAACUGUGUCUUCUUCGUAGCUGUGGCCUCCUGUAGUCGUGGGAGCCAAGGUGAGCAAAACGCACGUGCAGUUUUUGUUUUGUUUUUUUUUCUUUGCGCGUGGAUAUGGAGGAUGUUUGUCACGGACUAUCGCUGCAUCCAUUUCGCUGUGCACCCCCCUCCCAUUCCUCUCAGACGCUCUCCUGUCACGCCUGCAUUGUGUGCGAGUGUGUAUAUCUAAAGCCUGCGCGGCAAGCAUGACUUUCGUGCCCCCUGCGGGUUUCAGAAUGGACGAUCGUCAUUUAUCGUCGUCGUUAUUGUGUUCGCUCCCGGGGUUGAUUUUUCUCAUUUACCGACCCCUUAGCCAGCCACUCGCACGUUCAGAUUCUCUUGUCCCCGUCUUCCGUGUGUCGCUGCUGUAGCGAACGUCACCAUGCUUGUCAUUCACGCUGUCCUUUCAUUGCUGCUGAGAAGUGCUUGCUUAUUUUGCUGUUUCAAUUGCAGCAGAAUGCCUUCUGGUGUCUUUCCCACACGUCAAUGUAAAAAAACCUCUCCCACGCGUGUGUUCCCACCCCCUCCUCCCCAGCUUUGCAAGCACUACCAUUUCUUUGCGUGAUUUGUGUCUUUUGAAAUGGACAUACCUUGCCUCUUUCUUUCUUUUACUUUUGCAACAGUUCUUACGCAGCUUUUAUUUUUCCACCCCCCCCACUCCCUCUCCUCUUUCCAACCUUUGCAGAAAAAGAAAUGCAAUCGUUAUUUUUGUUCUUUUCUGUGCGCACAUUUUAGCUUGUUCACACAUCUGCCUGAUGGUUGUACAAAAGGGGUAACUUAUUUUUUGUGUUUUCAUCAUCCAUGAGUGCCAUUGAGAAAAAAGAGCACUUGAUAGGGACAGCUAGCCAGUCGAUAAAAAUGUAGCCAAUAGAACAGGAAGUGUGCACAGGGGCAAGAACAUAGAGUUCCUUCGUGCAAGGCGAGGGUAAAAAAAAAAGAAUUGUGCCAAGACGAAGCCUGUCGCACACUUAGUUGAUUUCCUGUUCUUGGCCCUUAGUUUCUUUCUAUGCUGAACUUCCGUGGCUCGAUUAUUGGGCUACCUCGUUUUUUUGUUUUGUUUUUUUCCGGUACUACUGCUUGUUAUUCGACAAAGCACUAGAGAAGGCAUCCCAGUGACUUUACCUUCUUUUUUUCGUUUAUUAUAUUGAGCUUGUCUUUUGGCAGUUAAAUUUUGCUCUUCUUUCACAUUUCAUUGCUAUAUUAAGUUUAUAUAAAGAUCAGGUCAUGAUCUCAUUGUCAUCUCACAUGCAUACCAUCACAUUCAUUGUAUAAUAUGCGCCUGGUUCACACGCACCUUUUCCCUGCCCUUUGGCUCCCUACCCAAGCCCCCUGCCAUUCACUAAACCCCCCGUGCCCCCCCUUUUUUGUCUAGUCUUGCCCUCUGCCAUUUUGAGAGGUCACAUUUACCCUUUUUUUUUUUUUGCGCUUCGAAAAUAAUUGAAGAAUUUAGACGGCUCAGCCUCAAUGGGAUAUCAGGCCAGAGUGCAGAGAAAAACCGAGAAUCUGGUAACGUGUUGGAAUAUUACGCAAUUUUGUUUUAGCGCAUUAAAGAAAUGCCUGCAUCAGACCAGUGGGUUCUGCGAGUUUUAAUUUUUUCUGACUGUGUAUAUGUAUAUACAUUUUUUUUCUCUAGACGCCGCGCGCUGCUGUAUUGGACAGGGACAUCAGAGGUUCCCCGAACAUUCCAGCGUGCAGUGUGCUAAAUACAGGGUUUGUGAAGUACUGCCAGGCCUUAGGACUCUCUCCAAAGAAAUGUGGCACGUAUAAAUGUAAAAAGACGCGGUCACAGUAGCCGUCACGACGUAAAGUGGACUCGUUUUUCAAGGGACAAACUUGUCGAGAACGUAAAAUGUCCGUUGAGCGCUGAGCUUUGUUUUGUUUUUGUUUUCCUUCUCUGCACGGUGUGCACUGCAGCAGGUGUUGUCGACACCGUGUGUUUUGAACUUCCCCCUCCCUUUCCUGCCCAUGUCCCUUGCAUCUACUUACGGAGAGCAAGCAGUGGGUUUCCAGCCGACGACGACAUCUGUCUGUGGUUUAUGUGAUGCGCCCUAGAGUAAACAAAGAGAAAAAAAAACUUUCAAGGAGGAAUAAAAUGUGGCUUCCUCGGCUGUG